UCCAAAAUUUGUAACAUUGGCGGCGCUGCCUAAUUUUGUUUUCUCAAAAUAGUAGAAAUUAAAACCCCGCAAAACCCUAACAAGGUGAGUGCAAUCACCGUCGAUGGCGUGCAAUGGCUCUGGCUGCCAAUCCGGUUCGUGCUACAAAGACGAAGACGCAACAUCUAACCAACCAAUUAAAUCCGAAGAAACCGAUUCAACAAACCCUACCAAUGUCUGCAUCAAGUGCAAGCUCAACGACGCUGUUUCCGGCUACGGCGGAAUCGACGACGGCCGUUUCUGCGCCGAUUGCUUCAAAACCAACUUAUUCGGAAAGUUUCGUUUCGCUGUCACUUCAAACGCCAUGAUCACGCCCACCGAUAAGGUCCUCGUUGCCUUCUCAGGUGGCCCUUCUUCCAGGGUAGCUUUGCAAUUUGUGCAUGACAUGCAAGAGAGGGCUCAGAGGAACUUUGAUGCGAGUAGGGAUAGGUCUUUGCCGGUCUUUGGUGUUGGAGUUGUGUUUAUUGAUGAGAGUGCCGUCUUAUCUAUUCCUUCCAGUGAAAUGGAGGAAGCUGUUGAAGUUAUUAGAGAGGUCGUGUCUUGUUUAGCGUCGCCGACGAAGGAGUUGCAUAUUGUUCCCAUUGAGACGGUUUACUCGUCAGAUUCUGGUGAUGGGAAGGAGAGGCUAAUCAAGGUAAUGAACACGGUCACUGAUCCGACAGGAAGGGAGGAUAUGUUGCUCUGUAUGCGAAUGUUGGCGCUGCAAAAAGUUGCUUCAGAAUGUGGGUAUAACAGGAUCGUUCUGGGAUCAUGCAUUUCUAGGAUUGCUUGCCAUGUCAUUUCAGCCACCGUGAAGGGUCAAGGAUACUCAUUGCCUGCAGAUAUACAAUAUGUUGAUGCUAGAUGGGAAGUUCCUAUUGUACUUCCUCUGCGUGACUGUUUUGCCCAAGAGAUCAACAUGCUUUGCCACCUUGAUGGUCUAAAGACUGUGAAGUUUUCUACAGGUCCGUGCUCUAGCAUUAAUCGCUUGGUAUCAUCUUUUGUGUCUUUAUUGCAGGAAGAAAACCCAUCUCGAGAGAGUACAAUUGUAAGAACAGCCGGUAAACUCACUCCUUUUCAAUUCAAUAGGAUUCCAGAGAUCAUUGAUGGAAAUGUUCCUUUGGCGACUCGAAGACGACAGAAGAGAUAUAAUCUCAAAUCAAAUGAGUCUGUUUCCUCUGAAUCUUUCUGUCCUCUCUGCAACAGCCCACUCAACAAGAGUGAGAUUGUUGAUUGGAGCAAUAUGGAUAGCCACAGAAAUAGUGACAGUUUUUACAAUACCUGCUGUUCAAGUUGUCAGUUUCAGAUUCUUCCAAGCGAUUCAACAUUAAUCGAACAAUUUUAUAUGGAUUUACCUCAACCAAUGGUUAGCCGAGCAAAGCAAGCUAGCUAUGGUAAUUUGAGUCUGCUAAGGGAGCAAAUACAAGAUUUUCUGCUUUCUGAUGGUGAAGAUGAAAAAUAAGAUUACUUGACUGACUGUUAGAGGUUUCUUUUUGCCUGUGGCUAUACAAAAAGUUAUAAAGCACUGAGAUCCACCUGCCUCAUUCGGAUCGUGGUUGUUGAUUAUCUGGGAUACUAAUUGAGAGCAUAUUUUAGCGGGGAUAGAUUAGAUCAUGAUUUGUAUCAUUGGCAAUUCAAAGAGUGAUAAAGCUGACUACGGAUACUCGUUGGGCGCAUCCAGGUUAUUUAUAAUUGGCUUUAUCAACAUUAAGGUUAUUUAGAUACUGCUUUAGCAUUGAUUUUGCGCCUAUUUUUAAUGGGAAGUGUUGGCUCACUACACCAAUAAAGAAAUCAUUUUGCAACUUCUGACUAGUAUUUAUGACAUUGUUUUUGGAAGAAA